GCUGAGGCGGUGCGGGCGGAGCGCGGAACGGGGCGGGGCGGUGGCGCCGCCGCCGCCGCUGGCGGGAGCGGCCGCGGGGCGGUGACUGGGUGCGGAUUCCCCGGCCCGGCUGAAGCGGCAGCCGCGUGGAGCGCGGCCCCGGGACUCUGCGGCGGGCGUUCUCUGGCGGCCCCAGCGCCGCGCCCUUCCCCUGCCCCAUGUCGGCGUGGCUCGGCCGGGCGGCGCUGCGGCUGGGGCGGCCGGGGGGCCCCGCUGUUGCCGCCGCCGCCGCCGCCGCCGUGCCCUCCUCCUGCCUGGGCUCGCUGCGUGGCCCGCCGCGCUGCUGCUGCCGCCGCCGCCUGGGCAGCCUACGGGGCGGCGCCGAGGUGCUGCUCCCCCCGCUGGGGUCGCCGCCGCCCGGGCGGGCGCUGGGCACUCACCCCAAAAAGGAGCCGAUGGAGGCGUUGAAUACGGCGCAGGGGGCCCGCGACUUCAUUUACAGCCUGCACUCCACCGAGCGGAGCUGCCUGCUGCGGGAGCUGCACCGCUUCGAGUCCAUCGCCAUCGCCCAAGACCCCAUAUCAGCUAGGGGAAGCUGUCAGCAAUAUGGGGAGACCUGGGCACAUCAAGAACCAAAUGGGGCCUGUUCCUCAGCCCAUUCCCAGGCCUACCACCAGAAGGAUGCAGUUCCAUCAGCUAAUUGCCCUAGCGCGAAAUAUGACAGGACACACUAUCUGUGGCCUCCGCUAAUGGCAGAGGCUGCAGGGAAACCCAUCCUUUGCUGCGGCUGCUACACUGAAGGACGGUCCUCAGAGAAGUUGGAGGUUGCACCACCAUCUCCAGGACAACUGAAACAUGUGUUCUUCCACAAUGCAUUACCUUUUGUAGGGUUUGGAUUUUUGGAUAACGCAAUUAUGAUUGCUGCGGGAACCCAAAUAGAGUUGUCAAUUGGAGUUGUCUUAGGAAUUUCAACUAUGGCAGCUGCAGCUUUGGGAAACCUCGUUUCAGAUUUAGCUGGACUGGGUCUUGCAGGUUAUGUAGAAGCUUUAGCUUCACGACUGGGUCUGUCAAUCCCUGAUCUGACACCCAAACAAGCUGAUAUGUGGCAAACACGUCUCAGUGCACACUUGGGUAAAGCUAUUGGAGUGACCAUUGGCUGCAUUUUAGGAAUGUUUCCUCUGUUGUUCUUUGGUGAUGAGGAAGAAAAACUGGAAGAAAAAAAUUAACCUUUUUACAAGACAUAUACAAAUGUAAACUACUGUACCUCAAUUAUUCAAUUAUGCUGUCAAUAUUUAGGAAUUAACAGACAGUAAAAAAAUGUAUAGACUUGGGAACAAAACCUUCAGCAUGUCGUUUUAUGGAAACACUAAUUUAUUGUGGCUUUGUUGUGUUCAGUACUUCUUUUUAUAAGAUAUCAUCUAACUUUUUAUUUAAUUGUAAAUUUUUGAUGUGUUUUCCCUAAUGGCAACUGAUGUUUACCACUUUCCCUUUGACCUUAUUCUUAGAUGGAUUAUUAUUAAUCCACCAUGGAUGACGUUAUCACUCUUGAGUUGCAUAUUGGUUGCUUAAAAAUUGUAAUUGCAUGACAAGAAUCCCACUGCUGUCCAUCAGGUCCUUCAAUGCAGAUUAUUAAGGAUGUCAGUGAUGAGUGUUUUGAAGUCCCUCACUUUGCAAGAUGACUGGUUGCCCCCUCACCAGCCAUCAUUUUGCACUGACUUUAGAUUAGAUAUUUUGGUGAUCUACAACAGUCUAGUUUGCAUUUUUUCACAAUUCUGACUAUGUGUCUCUGAAUUGUCUUCUGAGAUGAUCAUUUUAAUGCUUUGACAAGGUAAGUGUUUCCAAUGUAGGCUCUUUACCAAGUGCAUUUUUAGUGGUGUUUUAACACCUUCUGUACUUCCAUAUUCUUGCUUCUUUUUUUCCUUUGUAAACAGUAUCUUGAGAAUUGAGUUAAGAUAUCCUUAAAUUUGUCUUCCUGAGUUUUGAGUGUGAUAUUACAGAAUUCAGACCAACUGUUUCAAAAAUACAAACAACUUUUUUUUUUUACUAUUGUUUUGCUUAAAAUAAGGUGUGAGUAGUUGGGGUGGACGAGGCCAGGGAACACUUCAGUGUAUGAAUGAGUGCUGGCAUUGCAAGUUUGUAAUGGGUGGUUCAACUGAAACAAUAGUGUACCGUCAGUCUGGAUUAGAGGACCUGAUUUGCAGAUUAUAACUUUGUAUUUAAGAUUAAGCCUUUGCUACUUUUUUUUUUUUUUGCUGUGAGACAAUUAGUAAAAACAAAACAACAAAAAAAAGGAGACUUGCGGCCUUUUUCCUUUUUUGACUUUUAUUUUGGCAAUAUUUCUGUAUUAUUGAUCUGACAGUGCAAUCACAUGUACCUGCUUUUUUUAUAUGGUCAAUAAAUUAAUUACAACUACCAAAUAUUCAUAAUAUUUCAGGAUCUGACUUGCCAAUAUCAUAUGCUAAACUGGUAACUGUUGAUUAGAGGAUAGGAUUUCUUACCUGUUUGAGUACCAUUUGGAAAAGACACUAAAAAGAGAGCCACAGCCAGAGCACUUUGAAAGUUUUACUGUUAGAAUUCUUAGCACUUCUGAAACCCAGAAAGAAAAAAAAAAAUAUCAAGUCCCCUGAUGAAUUCUGUUUGCUGUAGAAGAAGUCUUAUUGUAAUAUGUACAUUUUACAGAGGUCAAUGCUUAUCUCUUGGUCAUAAAUCUGACUUCUCUGUUCUCGUUUCUAGGAGCCCUUUAACCAGCAGUAUUGAAACUUUGACAUCAACCUUUAAUGAAAGUGACAGUGUUGUAUCUGUUUUUUGAACAGCAGACUUUGAAAACUUGCAGUGAGUAGUCCUAGUAGCAUGUACUGUACUUUGUACAUUAAACCAUGAGAAUCUGGACCAAACUGUAAAACAAAUUUCAGCCAGGCAUAGAAUAUAAUGCGGAGGAGUUCUGGCUUGCGUUUUCAAAGUUGGAAGCUUCAUUAAAAAAAAAAAAAAAAAAAAAA